AUAUUUUUUCUCAACAUGAGCAUUAAACUUCUGUGUCCUAAGAAAUACGCAGCUCUUUCUCCUUUGCACUCACGCGUCUGCUCCUUUUCUGAGUCCCCGUUAGCCUCUCGGCUGUUUCCUUCUCUUGCGUUGCUCUCCUUCCUGCCCUCCCUGGCUCCCCCAGUGGUCUUUUCUUUCCUCUUCUGUUCCUUGGGCCCUGUGUUGUUUCCUGCCUUCCCGGGCUGCCCGGCCCUUCCCAUUCUGCCCCCCAGUGUAUCAUCUGCACCGAGAACCCAGCGGCCUCACAAGCUGGGUGGGGUUUACUUGGGUAAAUUACCACUUCCUGGAGCACCAUCCAGCAGUGUUUUCUCAAGACUUGGAAGUUGGAGUCAGUGCAUUGGGGGAAAAAAGGGAAAUCAUUUACUGGGAUGGCUCUCCAGAGAAUGGUUCUGUAUAAAUCUCCAAACGGUGAAUUUGAGUGAAAAUGGCCAUGGAGCUAAGCCUCUCGCUUUGGAAAUGGACCUGGGAUCCAGGCUGGAGAAAAAUGAGCAGUUCCUGCAGAAGCUGGGAACAAAGGCUGUCGACAGGCAUCUAGAUCUGAAUAACUGCAGGUUAACAACAGCAGACGUGAGGGAAAUGGUUGCUUUACUGCCUUUUGUCCCAGAUUUGGAAGAACUGGAUGUUUCCUGGAAUGAUUUCGUGGGUGGGACCCUCCAUUUGAUCACCCAGCAAAUGCAUCAUGUCAGCAAGUUAAAAAUCCUGAGGCUGGGUAGUUGCAGACUUACCACUGAUGAUGUUCGAGCACUGGGAGAAGCACUUAAAGCGAUCCCUGAACUCGAGGAGCUGAAUUUGUCCUGGAACAAUAAAGUGGGAGGAAACUUGCCUCUAAUCCUCCAGGAGUUCCAAGAAGGGAGCAAGAUACAAACGCUGGAGCUCGUGGAUUGUGCUCUCACGUCAGAGGAUGGGGCAUUUGUGGGUCAGUUGCUACCCGUGCUGCAAAAUCUUGAAGUACUUGAUCUUUCCAUUAACAGAAACAUCGGUCGCAGUCUACACAGUAUUGCUCAGGGAUUAAAGAGUACCUCAAAUCUGAAAGUAUUGAAGUUACAUUCAUGUGGAUUAUCACAAAAGAGUGUGAAACUAUUGGAUGCUGCUUUUGGACACUUGAAUGAGCUGAGGAAACUAGACCUUUCCUGCAACAAGGAGCUGGGUGGAGGUUUUGAGGACUCAGCAGCUCAGUUGGCCACGUUGGAGCAUCUGGAAGUCCUGGAUCUUCAUCAGUGCUCACUGACGGCAGGUGACGUGGUGUCACUGACCCAGGUCAUCCCCUUACUCUCGAGUCUUCAAGAACUAGAUUUAUCCGCCAACAAAAAGAUGGGCAGCUCUUCUGAAAACCUCCUCAGCAGGCUCCGAUUUUUACCAGCAUUGAAGACGUUGCUAAUCAACAACUGUGCUUUGCAAAGUGAGACUUUCAGGGCCCUCGCUGAAGCCUCCAUUCACCUCCCAGCUCUGGAAAUAUUCAACCUUUCUUGGAAUAAGUGUGUUGGUGGCAACCUGAAUCUGCUUCUGGAAACACUAAAACUUUCUACGUCUCUUCAAGUGCUGAGGCUGAGCAGCUGUUCCCUGGUGACAGAGGAUGUGGCUCUCCUGGCAUCAGUAAUACAGACAGGUCAUCUGGCCAAGCUGCGGAAGCUCGACCUGAGCUAUAACGACAGCGUCUGUGACACAGGAUGGGCCAUCUUCUGCCAGAACAUGUGGCUCCUCAAAGAGUUGACCGAGCUGGAUAUUAGUCUUCGGCCAUCAGCUUUUCGAGACUGUGGACAAUGGUUUAGGCACUUGUUAUGUGCCGUGACCAAACUUCCCGAGAUCACUGAGAUACAGAUGAAAAGAUGGAUCCUCCUGGCUUCACAGGAGGAAGAACUUGAAUGCUUUGGCCAAGAUCACAGGAGCAGCAUUCGCUUUGACCGUGGUGGGUUUCAGUAGGCUGAUUUCCCACGGCCUAACUCAGCUACAAACAUUCUCCAAAGGAGGAAAAGAACAUGAACGAAUCCCAGUGUAAUCAAAGGAGUAUCAAUUUCUAGCCCGUUUAAUGGGAUUUAUGUUACAAGAGCUUUGUAAAUGUGUGCAUGUAAUAAUCUGAUAUGAGUAUGUCUUUGUUCUCUACCUUAUAAAACAAGGAUGACAUUUUUAGAUGGAUUUUCAUUUGUUUUGGAUAUAUAAUUCACUUACUGUUUAGGCCUACCAAAAAUGUUUAGAUUCUGGUAAUGCAUCUCCUUUUUUCUUGCCCUGGAAUUUUCUGCCUUUUCUUCCUCUACAUGUUAAAUGUUCUAAAUAUACGGGUGUGUGUGUGUGUGUGUGUG